AUGUCUACAAGCAUUACAGUAAGAAACAGAGACCAAUCUUUACCACCUCUAUUGCUUCCUAGUGUUCCCCUGCUGGAGAAGGAUAUGUGCCGUAAAGGUGCCCAAAAUGUAGGCAUCACUGAUCCGGAACUCUUGUCGACCACUUGGACGAGGAAGCGGGCUUUUCCGGCCGAUGAGCUUACUGAAGGCUAUAAGAGACUAAAGCCUGCUACCACCGACAGUAAUAAGUUCGCUAUUGGCAUUGCAACGGUAACGCCGCCGCCAACGCUUCCUGUGAGUGCAAUUGCCCCUCCUCCACAAAACUACACUCCACCAUUGUUUGAGUAUCACCAUCAUGCACUUGCUUCUGUUGGUAGCGAAGACGCUAAUGCAUCAUGCGCCCAAAUGUCUAUGAUUUCGCGCUCUACCAGUAACUCGACAACCUCCUCCACCACAUCUACUAGUUCAAUCUCCAAGAGGCAAAGAAGCGGUCCUAGUUGUGACAAGUGUCGUUUGAAAAAAAUAAAAUGCAACGCUAAAAUUGAGAUAUUGCUUCAAGACGAUACUAUAAUACCACUGAUCUCGAACAAGUUGCGUUACGUUUUGACUCCUAAUGAUAUCCUGCUAUAUCGAGGCACGUUACUACAAAAUAUAGCGAUACCGGAUGAUGUCAUUGAAGGUACGAGUUCACGAAAGUUGAUCAAGCAUAUUGACAAGUUGGUUUUGCUCACGCCUUGUUUACCAUGCAUUAAGAAAAAGCACUCUUCUUCUUCCACUAAUUUUCAAAAAAGUAAUAAUUGUACUUUUUCGAAAGGCUUUACGAGAGCUGAUAUAAACAUUUCAUCCAAAAUCUCUUUAAAAUUUAAAGAUAAAACCAUUUACGACAUAACCUAUGAUGACUAUAAAAGCACAAACUUUUAG